CAUUAAGUAUAAUAUGUCAGGGAAGCCUUCUGGAACAGGUGGCAACAGCACACCAAUUAAACAGGGUGAAAUGUCCACGGGACCACCAGGGGACACAAAAAAAGAAGUUGUCUGUUGUAUGACUACUAAAGCUGAAAAACCCACGCUCCAGGGGCAGCGCAUAAAGACUCGAAAGAGAGAUGAGAAAGCGAAAUACGACCCUGUGGGGUUUCGUGAUGCAAUCUUACAGGGUCUCAUUGAAGCUGGCUCAGAUCUAGAAGCUGUCAACAAAUACCUUGACCAAGCAGGGUCUAAACUUAAAUAUCGCACAUACGGAGAAACACUCUUUGAUAUACUAAUUGCUGGCGGCAUCCUUACUCCAGGCGGAGGAACCUCCGAUGAUGGCAUUGACAGUGGUCCAGUACGCACGGAUAUGUGUGUCUUUGGGGCUCCAGAUGAUUCUUAUGAGACGCUUCGGGGUUAUGCUCAGGUUUUCACCAGGUUGAUGAGGCGUUACAAAUACUUGGAGAAAAUGUUCUAUGAAGAAAUGAAAAAGGUCCUGGUGUAUCUGAAGGGGUUCAGAGAAGGUGACCGCAUCCGCUUGGCUCGUUGUGUUGCUAUAUGGACUAGUGACUCCCUGCUUGAUCCUAAGGUGCUAGCAACUCUGUUACAGGAUCAUCUUGUGAAGGAUGGCCUUGCUGCUGAUUUUCUUUGUGAGGUCCUCUUGACCGCAAAGAACCUGAAGGACAUUAACACAGUGCGAUCCCUGCUUCGCAAAGCUGGCUUGGAUUCAAGGUUGAUGGAGUUCCUACAGGCCAACAAACGAACUGAUGAGAACUUCAAGAACCUGUUCCAGCAGAAGGGCUUGGAAGAGAUACUUGGUAUCUACAGGAGCUUGGAAAGAGACACCAGCCUAAAGGAGCUACAGACAUACCUGGGGCAACAGGUUAAUGAGGGUGCUGCAGUCAGGGACAUCAUAGUAGGGGUACAAGAGAUUGCAAAAAAGAACAACAUCCAGGAACCUCAGAUAGUUUCUGCUAUCUGGUCAAGUGUGAUGGAUGCAGUGGAAUGGAAUAAGAAGGAGGAACUUGUAGCUGACCAAGCACUGAAGCAUCUACGUGUCUAUGCUCCUUUGUUUGCUGCAAACACAAAAUCAGAUCAAGGAGCCUGGUAUAUAGGUUUAUUAGAUGUAUAUUUUGGUUAUCUGAAAAAUAAAAAUUGUGAACCAACAAAAAAUUUAUAUUUUCUUUCAGCGGAAGUAAUGUCAGAAGAGGUGAUUCUGAAGUGGUAUAAGGAUGGCCAUGCAACCAAAGGAAAAUCUAUAUUCUUAGAUCAGAUAAAGAAGUUUGUAGAAUGGCUACAAAAUGCUGAAGAAGAGUCUGAGGAGUCAGUUGAGGAGGAGGAAGAUUAAGCCAUUAUGCCUACAGAACUCAGGACUUCGGCACAGCCAAUGUUCCAACUUUGCUGCCAACCACAAAGGAGCCAUCCAAGUUGUCAGUCAACCUUUGAGGCUCCUCUCAAGCUGAGUAUUUGCCAUAUCCCUCGCGCCUUUAUUUAAAGUGGCUCCGUCAAGCCCACAUGAGCUCUCACUAACACUUUUAUAGCUUCCCAAAGAGGAUCUGAGAGCAGCAUCGGCCCUCCAACUUAUCCUGAAUACUGCCGCUACAAAUGCUUCAUUCAUCUUCUAGUACAAAACCAUUGCUCUUCUCUUGUGACCACCCAUGUUGGAGUGAUUGGCAAGUUUUUGGGGCCUUGCUUCUUCACUAGCGAGGAGUCUAGGAAAGUGCCCUACUGGUUUUAUUAUAUAUAUAUAUAUAUAUAUAUAUAUAUAUAUAUAUAUAUAUAUAUAUAUAUAUAUAUAUAUAUAUAUAUAUAUAUAUAUAUAUAUAUAUA